GCAAACAAAAGCCCCUUUGAUACAGGGCUGCAUGUGGCGGCUUCUCUCCCGCUCGGCUUUGUGCUCUCCAUUCCUCCUCCCGUGGUGUGGGCAGAACCAGAGUGGGGGAGGAGAGAGGGUUGCGAGAGGAGGCGGGGAAAAGAAUGCCCUUUGCCCUGAGUCUGUCUUCUCCUUCCUUCUUGCAGGAUUGUUUUGGAUGCUCCAAGAUUCCCCACCAGCCAUUCCAAGCCUUUCCUCUUGGGACCCACUCGGCGUUCAGGGUCUGAGACACAGAGCGAGUCUCUCCAACCAGGUGGCGACUCUGUGGAAGGGCUGCCGGGGGCCCCAGUCCCCUCCCCUCGCCCAGCGGUGGCUGGGGCCUGGCUCCCCUCAGAGACACUACUGUUCCCACCCCAACUCAGACACCAACCCCAAGUGCCUUAGCCCCGGGUCCCGGGCUCCUGCCACCCACUCAGGAUCGCUGCCAACCUCGGACCAGCUCACCCACGUGGACACGGAAGGCCGGGCAGCUAUGGUCGAUGUGGGUGGUAAGCCGGACACAGAGCGGGUGGCCGUGGCCUCCGCCACGGUCCUCCUGGGGCCGGUGGCCUUCAGACUCGUCCAAGAGAACCGGCUGAAGAAGGGAGAUGCCCUGGUGGUAGCCCAGCUGGCCGGAGUCCAGGCCGCCAAGCUGACCAGCCAGCUGAUUCCUCUGUGCCACCACGUGGCCCUGAGCCACGUCCACGUGCGGCUGGAGCUGGACAGCACACGCCACGCCGUGGUGAUCCAGGCGUCCUGCCGGGCGCGGGGCCCCACCGGGGUGGAGAUGGAGGCCCUGACCUCAGCCGCUGUGGCCGCCCUCACCCUGUACGACAUGUGCAAGGCGGUCAGCAGGGACAUCGUGUUGGGGGACAUCAAGCUCAUCAGCAAGACGGGGGGCCAGCGGGGGGACUUCCACCGGACCUAGAGCUCCUGCCCUCUCACCCACGGCCCAGCCAGGUCCAGAGGGAUGCGCUCGGGCCGAGGGAAGGACGUCUAGUUCCUUUAACCCCGUCACUGUUGACCUUCAGUAGGAACCCCAGGUCCUGCUAAUGGUGACCUGUGAGGCCUCCUUUAUCCGGAGAGAAACCAGCAGGCCCUUCCGCCUUCCUGGACAUUGGUGACGGGAGGGGUCACAGCGAGCGAUGCUAGUGACGGAAGUCAGCUGUGUCAUCUGCGGGCCAUUCAGCCAGCCCGUGUCACGGCUCGUUUCGGGUUUUCUCUUCUGCUGCUUCCCUGGGGAGAGAUAAGGGCUCACGAAGCAGAGGAACCCGCUGCGAGGGGAAGAGCACCGCCUGCGCGAAGAAGGAACAGGACUUCUCUUCCGCAGCUUCGGCCGCCCACGUCCGGGAGCCACAGCCCUGCCCGCCUGCCUGCCGCCCUCCAUCCUCAGAGAGCCCGUCCCUGCAGACUGGCAGGCUUCCAGUUUAACAACACACAGUCCUGCCUGCUCCCCGACCUCCGCCCCCCCAAACAGGACCCCCGGGGGGCUGCGGCCCUGAGGACUCCUGACCAGCCACUCAGGUGGCUCCUGGCCCCGUGCACUGCUGUCCCAGCCCCGCCCCACCCCUUUGUUCCGGAACAUAUCAGGGAAAGAAGAGAGUUGGAGAUUGCCUUCACCCACGGCGCACAAAUAAAGCCUGGAUGCCAACUUCGGA